AUGCAGCUCACGCUGCUGCUCCUGACGAUGAUGGCCGAACCAAUUUCGUCUACGGUCAUUCUCCCGUUCGUCAACCAGCUCGUACGGGAGACAGGCGUGACUGGUGGGGACGAGCGCAAGACCGGAUACUUCGCCGGCCUCAUCGAGUCCUUAUUCUACGUGACAGAAGCGGUCUGCAUUCUCCAAUGGGGCCGGGCGUCAGACAGGAUUGGUAGAAAGCCCAUCCUGCUCGGCGGGCUGCUCGGUCAGACGCUCUCCAUGGUCGGCUUCGGCUUCUCGCGGCGCUACUGGGCUCUCAUCCUGAGUAGGUGCGCGCAAGGCCUUCUGAACGGGAACAUCGGUGUUACGAAGAGCGCGAUGGCGGAAAUCACGGACGAGACCAACCGCGCAAGGGGGUUCGCGUUCAUACACCUCAUAUGGACUGUGGGAGGGACUAUAGGACCUAUUGUGGGUGGUGUGCUUGCGCGACCUGCAGAUCGUUGGCGGCGUGCGAUGCAUCCCUUUGCCUUCUGGAAAGUGUACCCGUACUUCCUUCCAUGUAUCACGGUGGCGAGCCUUAUCAUGUGCACCUUCGUUCUUUCUACGCUAGGUCUCAAAGAGACCUUGAAGCCUCGGUCACGGCUUUCCAAGGAGAGACCAGCAGAGAUAAUGCCCUCCCAAGUACAUGCUGAGCCCGAUACCGCCGACGUCGAACGCUCCACACCGGUAAUCCAAGAAGUCACCCGGUCCUGGACACCAAAUCGAACGUAUCCCCGUGUUGAGGACAAGGAUGAGAAAACCCCAAACGACGAGGUCAUCGAGGCAGUCUCUCAGGUUGACGAGGACGCGUACGCACAGCCAGGACUCCGGUCCAUACUAGUCCCGCGCGUGCUACUCGUGAUGCUGAACUUCGGUUUCCUCGCGUUUACGGACCAGGCGAUCGUCGUGCUCGUACCGCUGAUGUACUCGACGAACAUAUCCGCCGGCGGACUCGGCAUGGACUCUUUCACCAUCGGGGUCAUCCAGGGCGUCGCGGGCUUCAUGGGCGGCGUGCUCCAGAUCGUGACGCUGCCCUGGAUGGAGCGCAGAUUUGGCACGAAGAGGCUAUACACGGCGUCCUACGCGUGCUUCAUCGUCGUCUUCGCCGCAUUCCCGCUGAUGGCGUUCCUCGCGAGACGCAGUGGAGAGGUAGGUGUAGGGACGUGGGUGGUCAUCGUCGUGCAAUUCGUUGCGUACGCGCUAGCCAGUAUGACAUGGGGGUGCAUCUUCAUCUACAUCACCGACGCGGCGCCAAACGAGCGUGCACUAGGACUUACGAACGGACUGGGGCAAACUACCGUGUCCACCGUGUGCGCGGUCGCGCCAUCUGCGGCAUCUUCGCUGUUCGCGGCGUCGCUGGAAGGCAACAUCGCUGGCGGGACGUUGGUUUAUUGGGUGUUCUGCGGUGUGGUCGUAAUGGGCAUUGCGUCGACACGGUGGUUACCUGUACAACUACGAUCACAAUGA